AUGACUAUCGACUGUUUCUUCAAAUCCAACAAGACCUUUAGCUACGAGGCACUCCGCGCUGCGGGUUACAGCAACUAUGGCGGCGCAGACAUUGCCGAAGUGGUCGCGAUCUGCUCCAACGUUCGUCCUGGCAACGAAGAUGACUGGGCGCGCGAAUGGCAAAAGGCUGCCAAGCGCGCAAUGUCUCAAGCGGAGCACUCCAAGUCCGUGGAGAACGAUGAAAGUGCGUACCAAGCAUAUCUUCGCGCUUCAAACUAUUUUCGCACGGCUGAGUUUUUCCGACGGGAGGACGUCGACCACGACAAACUCGCGCAUUCCUUAUUCACAAGCUCAGAGAUUUGUUUUGAAGAGGCGAUGGCAUUGUCUCCGUUCAUCUAUGAAUCCAUCACCAUCCCGUAUGAAGAUACGACACUACCGGGAUACUUUGUCAGCGUGGACAGGGCCGCGACACCACGUCGUACAAUCAUUUUCAAUGGCGGCUAUGACUCGACCAUGAGCGAGGGCUGGUUUGCGAUUGGAGCGGCGGCUCUAGCUAGAGGAUACAACUUUCUUGCCAUUGACGGCCCGGGACAGGGAGCGGCUGUCCGAAAACAGCACCUGUACUUUCGCCCAGACUGGGAGCGCGUGCUCUCUCCCGUCGUCGACUAUGCCCUGACCCGAAAGGAAGUCGACGACAAAGGCAUGGUCGUUUUCGGCUGGAGCAUGGGCGGCUAUCUCGUGGCGCGCGCGGCCACCAAGGAGCAUCGCGCCCGAGCACUAAUCCUGGAUGACGGCGUGCUGGACUUUGGAUCUGCGUUUCGAGCGCACCAACCAUCCAUUGUUCAGAGACUGGUCGCUCAAAAGUACGAUUCGGUAUGCAACUGGCUCUUUGGCACGAUGGCUUCUUUCUCGACUGGCAUCCGCUGGGCGAUGCGCAAUGGAAUAUGGACAUUCGGGCUGCAGUCGGCGUCGGAGCUAAUUAGGGCGACAAAGAUAUACACGCUCGAGGGGCUGAGCCAGGACAUUACCACUCCGUGCCUGAUUCUCGACGCUGAAAAUGACCAUUUUCUCAAAGGCCAGCCGGAGCUCCUCCGAGAAAGUCUGACUUGUGAGAAUAAAUUUGUCAGAUUGCGGUCAGAUGAAGGCGCAGACACGCACUGUCAUCAAGGAGCUUUCUUUCGGACACACCAAGUCAUCUUUGAUUACCUUGCAGAACAGCUUGGCUCGGAUGAUGCGUGA